AUGAGCACCGGCAAGCUGCUCGGCAUCGAGCCUUGGAAGCUGAAGUUUCUGUUUGAGCUGAAGAAGCAGAUGUCGUGUUCUCUUCAGUUGUCGAACGACACCGACAACUACGUCGCGUUCAAGGUUUUAACGACCAAUGCGAAGAACUACUCGGUUCGCCCGAGAACAGGGAUUGUCUUGCCUCGGUCAACAUGUGACCUAAUAGUUACUAUGGAAGCUCAACAGGAGGCUCCUCCUGACAUGCAAUGCAAAGAUAAACUUGUUCUACAGUUGAUGAUAAUAAAUGAUGGCACAACUGCUAAGGAUAUUACUGCUGAAAUGUUCAAUAAGGAGUCGGGCAAUGCGGUGGAGGAAUGCGAAUGGCGGGUGGUUUAUGUCACGCCUCCUCCUCCUCCUCCUCCGGUCGGAAGGUUCUUCUUCACCGACGGGUUCCACAUGGUCCUGAGGCGGCUUCUGUGA